AUGGCAUCUUCAAUUCUUGACCGCAAAUUGGAUCUUCUCUAUUUGGUCUAUUUCUGCUUGCAUAUCCCGGUUUUGUUCUUAAUGGAUCUCCAAUCUCUCUACCCCGCCUCUCUCACCCCAUCAUUCUUGACCGCCAUCAAAAACUACCACAUCGCCAAUUACCACGAUUUGUUCUUCGUUUCACCACCCAUUUAUUUCAAUCUAUUUGUUUGGUUGGAAUGUUUGAUUCAUUUACCUGUUAGUUUUUGGGCUAUUGGAGGAUUGUUGAGAGAUUCCCCCCGCAUCCCUCUAAUCCUUCUCCCCUACGCCCUCGAAACUUUCCUCACCACCCUCGUCUGUAUGCAUGAAUACGUUUACUGGCCCAUUCCACGUUAUCAGAAGAUUGAUUUGACUAAACUUUAUGGUCCUUAUAUUUUGUUGUCAACCGUAAUGGCCAUCGAUAUGUUCAUCCGUCUUUGGCGUAUCGUUUCCGUUUCCACCGCCGCAAAGAAAGGAAAGAAGAACAUCUAA